AUGGAUGUGAGGUUUUACCCCGCCGCGGCGGGGGACCCCGCCGGCCUGGACUUCGCGCAGUGCCUCGGCUACUACGGCUACAGCAAGUUUGGAAACAAUAACAACUACAUGAACAUGGCUGAAGCAAACAAUGCAUUCCUUACUGCAAAUGAGCAGACCUUUCAUACUCCAAGCCUCGGCGAUGAAGAGUUUGAGAUCCCACCCAUCACCCCACCUCCGGAGUCGGAUCCUACCCUGGGAAUGUCGGAUGUUCUGUUACCCUUUCAAGGCCUCAGUGAUCCACUACCUCCUCAAGGAAACGAGUUCACACCUCAGUUUCCCCCACAAAGCCUGGAUCUUCCUUCUAUCACGAUAUCCCGAAAUCUUGUCGAACAAGAUGCUGUAAUCCAUAGCAGCGGGUUGCAUAUGGAUCACAGCCACACAACGGUCUCGCAGUAUCGUCAGGAUCAUUCCUUGAUCAUGAGGUCGAUCGUCCAGAUGACCGACGCGGCUCGUUCUGGAAUCAUGCCUGCCACUCAGCUCACCACCAUUAACCAAUCCCAGCUGAGCGCUCAGUUGGGACUGAAUGUCGGAGGUGCCAGUGUGCCCCACACAUCCCCUUCACCUCCUGCAAGCAAAUCAGCAACCCCAUCGCCUUCCAGCUCUAUCAAUGAAGAGGAUGCAGAUGAGUCCAACAGAGCCAUUGGAGAGAAAAGAGCUGCCCCAGAUUCUGGCAAGAAGCCCAAGACUCCAAAGAAGAAAAAAAAGAAAGACCCAAACGAGCCCCAGAAGCCCGUGUCUGCAUACGCCCUGUUCUUCAGAGACACGCAAGCUGCAAUUAAAGGACAGAACCCCAACGCUACAUUCGGAGAGGUCUCCAAAAUCGUGGCAUCAAUGUGGGACAGCCUCGGAGAAGAGCAGAAACAGGUUUAUAAACGGAAAACGGAAGCUGCCAAAAAAGAAUACCUGAAAGCACUUGCUGCUUAUCGAGCCAGCCUUGUGUCGAAGGCGGCUGCAGAAUCGGCAGAGGCCCAGACAAUUCGUUCCGUUCAACAGACAUUGGCAUCCACCAAUUUGUCAUCAUCCCUUCUCCUGAACCCUCCCCUGUCUCAGCACGCCUCGGUGGCAGCCUCCCCUCAGACUCUGCAGCAAUCCCUCCCGCGGGCCAUAGCUCCCAAACCUUUGACCAUGCGACUGCCCGUGAAUCAGAUUGUGGCUUCUGUGACCGUUGCGCCGAACCUACCAUCGAACAUGGCGGCGCCCCUGCUCGGCUCUAUGGGGACAAGUAUGGCUGCCAGUCCAUCGUCCACUCAAGUGAGCCCGUCGGUGCAAAGCCAGCAGCUGCAGCUGCAGCAGCAGCAGCUGCAGCAGAUGCAGCAGCAGCAACUUCAUCAGCAUCAAAUGCAUCAGCAGAUCCAGCAGCAGAUGCAGCAGCAGCAUUUUCAGCAUCACAUGCAGCAGCACUUGCAGCAGCAGCAGCAGCUUCAGCAGCAAAUGAAUCAACAGCAGCUGCAACAGCAGCUGCAGCAGAUACAGCUGCAACAGAUGCAGCAGCAGCAGAUGCAGCAGCAGAUGCAGCACCAGUCCCAGCCUUCUCCGCGGCAGCAUUCCCCGGCAGCCCCCCAGAUGACGUCCCCCGUCCCGGCCAUCGGGAGCCCCCCACCUGCACCCCAGCAGCAUCAGUCCCAAAUACCGGCUCAGGCACAGACUCAAGCAUUGUCCCAGGUCAGCAUUUUCUGAAGAUACGUCUUGCUGGAUGGACUGCGGUGUUUUUGCCCAGGGCGGAUGGGGGAGGGAAAGAGGGGGUUGUCAUUUGGGAUGGGAAGGGGCGAAGAGGAAGGGAGAAGGACGCGAGGGUAAACCACGUUUGAGAACUGUAAAUUGUUGGCGGUAGUUAUGCAGGGAUGCAUAACAGAUCAAAUGAUCCUCUAAAGUGUCUAUUAGAUAGGCAAUAAAGAACUACAAUGUAGCCGUGUAUCAUCUUUUAGCUGACGGUAAAUCACUGUUUUUAAAAAUAAAAGCUGUGCUCUUUCA